AUGCGCAUCUCAACAAUCAGACAACGUGGUAUACACCAGGCAGUACGAAGACGCAGAUCAAAGCAAAUCGCUAUCCCCACAAGGUCAAUUGAGGCUCCUUCGAUCACGCCACACUUUUCCGACGAUAUUGGAUCUGGUACCAUAGUCGUCGAAUGCAAAUCCGGACUUGCGCAGAUCAAAAUCAUCAAUGGCGAGACUACUGAGACCCUGAGCUAUGACUGCUCGUUGAGUGGACAAAAGACUUGUUCCGUGACCAUCGUUCCAGAAGAUUUCGACCAAUCUAAACCACUUUGCUUGGAGGUACUGGGGUACAAUGGUCGCAUCAAGCGCUGUUCAGAUGCCUGGAAGUUGACAAUCCGGGAUGUCAUUCGCAUCCCCAAGUCGAAAAUCAUCCUGGGCAAAGAAUCGGCCAUUGGUAUCGACCUUCGACCUGGACAUGAAAACGAUGAGGCAGACGCAAAACUCGACGGCCACAAGUGGGCAGUCAUGCUCAACGAGAAAGGUGCAGACGGAAAGCUGAGUCGGGCAAAGACAAUCGAUUUGCGACUUGGCGCCAUUCUUGACGGAGCAGUUGUGUACUAUGAAGACGGACAUUCGACACCAUGCGGGCUUCGCUAUACACCCAGCGGCUCGAAAUUCCAUUUUGGCGGCGGAAACUCUCAGAGCUUUCACAUGCCCUCGGGCGUUGACAUCGUCAAGGUCGAGGUGAAUAGAUUCGGAUGGGGAAAUAGGGUCUUGGGUGGUAUAACUAUGACUUUGUCAAAUGGCACCAAGACAGGAUCGCUCAACAAACAUCGAGCAGCUGGACGUAUGUUUGGGAACAACGACAUCAAGGUAUUGGAGGCUGGAGUGGGAGAGAAGAUUGUCGGGUUUUAUGGUAGCAGCUCACACUACACGGAGGAAUUCGGUAUCAUUACAGGGCCGAAGGAUGUAGAGCUUCCAGCACAAGCAUACGAUAUGCCUGAACUGCGCAACAUUCAGAGAAGAGACUGGGCACGCAACAAAUAG